AUGAUAUACCUUACUCUGAUCGCUAGGGUAGCCGAUGGGCUCCCACUUGCAGCAACUAUUCAGGAUGAUGACCAACUAAAUCGUGAAAUAUUCCAGUAUCAAAAUCAAGCAAAAGCACUCGUUUGUCGUAUGACUCCUACUUCUCCUUCUAGAUGCUCUCUUAUUGCUGGUCCUUACUUGUUUCAUUAUCUGCUGGAUCGUGGUGUUUGUUACAUUAUUCUUACAGACUCACAGUUCAGUCGUACAAAAGCCUUUGCAUUUUUAGAGGCAAUACAAACAGAAUUUUACGGCAAAUACUACCAACAAAUACAAACAGUUUCAAGACCUUACGCAUUCCUUGAUUUUGAUCACGUCAUACACAAAACUCAAAAAAUCUAUAGUGAUAGUCGGUCAUCCAAUCUUAGUCAAUUGAACGUAGCAUUACAAGACGUACAAAGAAUCAUGGUACAGAAUAUUGAUGAUGUAUUACAACGUGGUGAAGCACUUUCAACCUUGGACUCUCGAGCAUCCAAUUUGUCUACUAUGUCCAAGAAAUACCGUCAAGAUGCCCACUCACUCAACCUUCAAUCGGUGAAGGAAUUGAAACUAAUAAAUGAUGAUAAAGUCUUUAUGAAAUGGAAUGUUCCCGCUUCUUUGUUAGAAAGACAAACUAGGAUAUCAUUGAAUAAAGAGUGCGAUAGAAAUACAGUGAAAGCAGAUGAUAAUUUACAAGCUAAUUCCACAGUUGUUGUAGCUGAUUCAAUGGUACAAAAGAAAAAAAAUCUAGUGAAAUGUAUGGAAACAUUGGAUGAUUCUUCGAUGACACUAGAAGAACAUACUAUAAAAAAGAAGUCUGAUUCGAAGGAGAACCUAACUCAGAAAAACACAACUUCUACAUCCAGUAAUGAUUUCGCAUCAAAAGAUCCAAUCUCCACUAUUAUGUCACCAAAGGCUGAACGAUAUGUUCGUAGAUGGUUAACAGAUGCUUCACCAUUAGAAACCGCCAAAAGAGCGCACAACUGCAUUGGAAUUGAUAGACAAGCUCUACCGUGA